GCGACGAAUCAGGAAUUCCAGCAGUCCCUCUCUCUCUCUCUCUCUCUCUCUCUCUCUCUUUCUCUAUUUCUAUCUCUCCGUUGUUGAUUCUACCGAGAAGAGAGAGAAAGAGUGAUAGAUAGAUAGAGAGAGAGAGAGAGAGAGAGAGAGAGAGAGAGGGAGAGAGAUGAAGACAGAGAAACUUUUGCGGUCGUAUCGACGAUAUAUACAUAUGUAUACAUACUUACAUCAAGCGUGCGUCUUAAUUAAUUGUCUGCUCGCGUAAACAUUCCGCGAUAGAGAGGCAUAUAAGGGAAAUAACAACGACGCUUAUACGAGCGAACGAGCGAGCGAGCGAGCGAGCGCCCAGAGAUUAGGACGCGGAAUUAUGAACCGAGUUAAAUCAGACGAGAGAUUACAUCGGUAUGGUUAUCUACCUCGGCUCGGCUCGGUCCCUCCAGUUAUUUGCUACGUUAAGAUAAGAAUUUUCUGGUUAACAUCGAAUAUUUGCUAGACUUACAACCGGUUGUUCUGAAAACAUGAAAAAGAGAAAGAGGAAGAGAAAGAGAAAGAGAAAAAAAGAGAGAAAGAGAAAGAAAAGAAAAGAGAGAGAAAAAAGAAGAGAGAUAGAAAGAAAGAGAGAGAGAGAGAGAGAAAAUCCAAUAAUCCAGUCAUUGGCCGUUCAUCGUCCGUCUCGCAUUCCAAGAGCGACACAAUCGAUAUGUAGCGCGUUACGAUUCGAUGGACCGAUUCGAGGUUAUUCCGUUGAAAGGGAAAAGAGAGGAACGGAGUUCGAAAGAAAGAGGCCAGCCAGCAGGCCAGCCAGCCAGCCAGCCAGCCAGCCAGCGAGCCAGCCAGCCAGCCAGCCAGCCAGCCAGCCAGCCAGCCAGCAAGCGAGCCAGCGAGCCAACAGUCAGCCAAGCAGUCAGCCAGUCAACCGGCCGUCCGAGUGUGAAGGUAUUCGAAACGCGAGCCUCGAAAAGCUCAGGAAAAAUCCCCUAAGGGGUGCUCUGCCAGGACGUGGAAGGAAAAGACCCUUCCGGCGAGGCUGCCACCAAGAUCGCAGGGUGCGACACCUCAUUUCCUUAUCUUUAACAGACCGUUACUCCUCCGUACUCCGUUACUCCUCACCAGGAUACCCGAAACCCCACCUACCUCUUUACUUUAUCCUCUUUCCUCUUUUCUCUUCUUUUAUAGUGUCCUCUCCUUACGGCACUCUUUUUUUCUUUUUUUUUUACGUCGCGAGGGACACCACUCACUUUUUCUCUCACUUCUCUCUCUCUCUCUCUCUCUCUCUCUCUCUCUCUCUCUCUCACUCGUGCGAUGAUCAAGGAAUGUCUCUUUUUUUUUCUUUUUUCUUUUUUUUCGUGAAAGAGACCCUUUCCUUUAAGGUUUUUGCUAAGUGUAACCGAUUUGAUAUUAUCGAUUUCAGAUCAAAGAUCUGUGCUUACGAUAAAAAUGAUUAAUCUUUUGUUACGUUCGUUCGGUUCGGAUAUUAUUUGGAUUUAUGAAUGAAUUGAGCCUUUCAUGAAUGAAAUGAAACGUUGUUUGGUUUACAUUGAAGUCUUCGUUAAACUGGAAUGAAAUAAGUGAAAUAUAGAAAUGAAACGAAUCCUUCGUUAACACUAAAUUUACAAUAGUAUAUCUAUCGAUUGUAUAUCUGUUUCUAUUUUAAUCCGUCAUAUUUUGAUAGGUACAUUAAAAUAUGUAUUUUCCUUCUCCUUUUUUCUCUCCGUUAUAACAUUACUUUAUAUCAUUACAUCAAUCAAAGUCAACAUAAGGAAUAAUAUUUAUGAUAUUUCUAAUUUGAAGCAUGAAAUCUGAAAUCCCCGAAUCGGUGGGUUCCAUAAAUCUAGUAUUAAUAAAAUAAACCAUCGUUUGGGUAUUCAAUCUUCACAUAAAAAAUAUAAACGCAAUUAAUUAUACGCAAAUAAAAUAAAUAAAUAUACUUAAUUUUUAUUAUUUUUUCUUUUUAAUUCCGAUUAAGAUCACUCAAUCGAUUCAAAUCGAUCAAAUGUUAUCGAUAGUAAGAAUGAAAUUGAUCAAAGAUGCGUCGUCAUGAUCUUUCUAUCAUCGUCCAUCUCGUUCGACGUAGUUGAAAAUGCGAAGUAGAGAUAAGGUACGAAUCUUGUCGGGUUCAUCAGCAUAUAAAGUGCAAAGGAACGAAAGCCGAGUGUCACGUACGGAUGCAGUGUCGCGAAGUGUCUGCCUUGGCAAAGGGCAAAAACCAUCAGUCAGAGGGAAGGCCUUCGGAGGGGAUGUCCGUUUGGUGUUCACCCGCUGGCCAAUAACACCCUCUCAACUUACUGCCGGGAUCUAAAGUCGACGCGUCUCGUGAAAAAUGAUCGAGCCUAAAUUGCUUGCUUACAUGAUAAAUAUACUUCUACUACGGUUACAUAUUGCUCUUGCUUGAGACUAAGACCGGACGGACUACUGUCCCUUUAAAUUCAAAAUUUUUUUCUCUUCCUCUCUUUUUUCUUUUCUUUCUUUUCUUUUUCUUUGUUUUUAUUAGAACAAUAUUUCUACUCUACGUAUGCGUACAGAUUUGAACUAUGAA